CUGCGGCCGGGAAGGAGUCUCUCCAGGAAGCUGGUCAGGCAGCGCGGGCCGGGGCGAUGGCUCGGGUGACUCCUGGGGUCAUCCGCUUCCCUGCCGCGCAGAGGCGGAGUCCGACCAGCGGCGAGGGGACAUGGGCCCGCGAGCGCGGCGCGCGCUGCCGCUGCUGCUGCUGCCGCUGCUGCUGGUGCGCAUCGGGGUCCCGCAGGGGCCAGCGCCGCGGUCCCACUCUCUGCACUACCUCUUCAUGGGCGCUUCAGAGAUGGACCUCGGGCUGCCUUUGUUUGAGGCUUUGGGCUAUGUGGACGACCAGUUGUUUGUGUUCUACAAUCAUGAGAGUCGCCGUGCUGAAGCCAGAGCCCCUUGGGUCCAGGGCAGGACCUCGAGUCAGCUGUGGCUGCAGCUGAGUCAGGGCCUGAAAGGCUGGGACCACAUGUUCACGGUGGACUUCUGGACCAUCAUGGACAACCACAACCACAGCAAGGAGUCCCACACCCUGCAGGUGAUCCUGGGCUGUGAGGUGCAAGCGGACAACAGCACCAGGGGGUUCUGGAAAUAUGGGUACGAUGGGCAGGACCACCUGGAAUUCUGUCUGGACACACUGGACUGGAGAGCAGCAGAGCCCAGGGCCUGGGCCACCAAGCUGGAGUGGGAAGUGCACCAGAUUCGGGCUAAGCAGAACAAGGCCUACCUUGAGAGGGACUGUCCCCAGCAGCUGCGGCAGCUCUUGGAACUGGGGAGAGGCAUUCUGGACCAGCAAGAGCUAAACCCUGGAAACCAUUUCAGAGCAAAGGGUGUCCCUGCUGCACUGUUCUGCCUGAGGGGUGUGUCCCUCCAUCCACCCUUGGAGGGAAUUGAAAGCUCCAGUCUUGCUGGCAGGAUGGAAGUCCCCUCUCCUCAUCCUUCCUCUUUCUGUCAAGUGCCUCCAUGGUUGAAGGUGACUCGUCGCGUGGCCUCUGCAGUGACCAUUCUGCAGUGUCAGGCUCUGAACUUCUACCCCCAGAACAUCACCAUGCGGUGGCUGAAGGACAGUCAGCCACUGGAUGCUAAGGAGGCUGAGCCUAAGGAUGUGCUGCCCAACGGGGAUGGCACCUACCAGGGCUGGGUGGCCGUGGCCGUGCCCCCUGGGGCAGAGCAGAGGUACACCUGCCAGGUGGAGCACCCGGGCCUGGGUCAGCCCCUCACAGCCACCUGGGCGCCCUCCGCACCCAGCGCCCUGGUGGUUGGGGUCGCCAGUGGAAUCACGGCUUGUGUCCUUAUCUUCUUUAUUGGAACUUUGCUCCGAAUCUUAAUGAAGAAGUAUGCUUCACGAGGGGCCGCGAGGGACUACGUCUUAGCGGACUGUGAGUGAGGCUCAGCCUGCAGACCUCUUGCAGGGAGGAGACACCCUGGACACAAAGCCGGGGCACCCUCGCGGACUUCUCAGGGCUUCAGGAAGAGUUGGACCUGCCGAACAGAAAGUGCCUGAAGAGCUCUCUGCUCCUCGCUUUCCCUGUUCACUUUCCCAGGAGUUUUCUCCACGUCUCUGAGUUUCUGCAAGACUGCAACCCUGGGCUGUGACCUGUCCCCGAGAGCUGAGUCCCAUAAAUCUCAGGCUGCACGUGGAGGCUCCCUUCAUCUCCUCUGGCCUCUGACCCCACAGACCUGUCAUCUCACCUCCUAUAUGUGGAACAGGGCUCCUUACAGUUUGGGGACUCAUGGUUCAUUUUAACGCCUGAGAAAAGCCUGGCCCUUUCCCCGGGAACGUGUGCAUUUGUAGUCUUGUCAGAAUUUUGCACUCAGCUCUUUGCAUCCAGGACCCACGCAGCUUUCCUCUGAAUCCUCUUUAUUAUCCAGGAUCUGUCACCACACCCUGGUUUCGUAUCAUCAAAGGGUGAUCUAGGACACUGUGCAGCUGUGAAGGCUGUGCACUGCACCACCAAGGAGGCGCCUCUCCUGGAAAAGGAUGGCGGUCUGUGUGCAGGGUGAUACUUUUCAGCAGGCGGGAGGGACAUACGUGGGAGGCGAUUGAGGACAGCUACCUUUUUCUAAUUUGCACAAAGAUGUCCUAUAGGUUUUCAAAGAUAAAGGACAGCUGCAUUUGUGAUGCUUGUCUAAUAUGCUGAAUCUAAAGUGCCUUCUCUCCUGGUCUUGGUAAAGAGAAUCGUGAAAAGGUUGAUCAUAGUAAUGAUCAUGAGGCUGACACUUAUUUUUCAAAAGUGCUGGGUGUCCCUCUACCCACAUGCAUUAUUGCAUGCAAUUCUCAUAAUAACUCUAUGGCAUAGGUAGUGCUAUUCCCCCCAUCCUGCCUUUUAGACGAAGAAAGUGAAGUAUAGAGCAUCUUGCAGUUUGCCAGGGAUGGAGAUGCCUUUCAGACUCAGUCUGUCUGGCUGUUUGAUCCAUCACCCUCCACUACAUUCAGGUGGUUGAGAUGAGCAGAGAACACAGAGAAGAAGAGGCUUCUCUCUUGUUUCAUUGCAUUUCUUCUCAGUGAGCUUGACCCAAAUGGAGGGAAACGCCAUCUAACCAUCUCCUGACCCUCAGCUGUCAGGUCUCCUUUCCAAAUCCCAAAGGGCCCAAAAGGUGGUCACUCACUCCUCUGGUGUUCCCUCUGCCUUCUCUUUAGUCCCCACAGGAGGAAUGUGAUUGGUGGGGUCAGCUGGUGACUGUGCUGGGCUUUGUAGUGUCUGCCCUCAGCCAUUGCCUCAGAUUCAGAAUUCCAAUGUCAUUUCCCUCGACAAACUGCAACAGUAUUUCCUACUGCAAGCUGGUAGAAUGGAAGCUACUGGGCGACUUGCAGGAUACCCAGGCAUCCACCAGGGACUGCUGGGAUUCUGGUUCUCAUCCCCAGUUAUGCACAUCCUAAAAGCUAACCUCACCAGGCCACUUAGGAAUUUCUGGGAAAGUGAUUCAUCUGACCAUGUUCGAGAGUUAUGUACCUACAUGUCCAUAUAUCUUCAUCCGGAUGCCAUGGGCUUACUUUUGGCACUGUAUACAUUUGGCUGCAAUGUAUACAUAUGGCUACUUGUGGUAUGGCACUGUGGGAAGACAAGUGCCUCAGAAAACCAAAAAACUCAAAAGUUUGUUGAUAGACAUUGAAUUGGAGUAGAAAUCUCAACUUUUUU